CAAUGAACUUCACCACCGCCUUCCCGUCCUACAACGAGACAACAUCGCCAACACUGAACUUCACUCUACCCUACAACAACGCAACAUCCUCUCCCAAUGGAACUCUUCCAACGGGCAACAUGACCGUGUCUCCAUGCAGCAGGACCGCCGCACCAAGCUACACGACCGUCGCACCAGGCAACACAACUGUUGUACCCGGCAACACGACCGUCGCACCAGGCAACACGACCGACGCACCAGGAAACACCACCUUCGCACCAGGCAACACCACCUUCGCACCAGGCAACACGACCGCUGCACCAGGCAACAUGACCGUCGCACCUGGCAAUGCAACUGUCGCACCAGGCAACACAACCUUCGCACCAGGAAACACGACCGUCGCACCAGGCAACACAACCUUCGCACCAGGCAACACGACCGUCGCACCAGGCAACACCACCGUCGCACCUGGCAACACCACCGUCGCACCUGGCAACACGACCGCUGCACCAGGCAACACGACCGUCGCACCAGGCAACACGACCGUCGCACCUGGCAAUGCAACUGUCGCACCAGGCAACACAACCUUCGCACCAGGAAACACGACGGUCGCACCAGACAACACCACCAUUGCAUCAGGCAACACGACCGUCGCACCAGGCAACACCACCUUCGCAUCAGGCAACACCACCGUCGCACCAGGCAACACCACCGUCGCGACAGGCAACAGGACCAUAACACAAGCCUGCAACUACGAUACCAAUGCUCUUGAAGGCACAAUAGAACUGGCAACCGAUACUGAUGGUUUCUACGCUAACAACGACGAGUGCCGGAUUAAUCUCCGUUCUCCUGCUUUACCCCACGUCACCACAAUCAGCUUUACGCGUUUUGAUGUUGAAUAUGCAAGAAACUGUCCUUAUGACAGCCUCUCUGUGAGUCUUGGUAACAACACCGUCGACAGACUCUGUGGAAACAACAGAGGUCCCUUCGUGAAGCAAUACACAAGCGCCGAGCCACUCCUCGCCCUGACAUUCACCAGUGAUUACAGCGUCACCGGUCUUGGCUUCGCCUUCCAUUACAAGACUGAAAUAGUGGCAUAGACAGGCUGACCUACUCAUCCAGAUCCAUUAGACAACACUGCGUGUAAAUAAACUCAUUGUACUC